AUGCCGCCCGCAAGUGUUCACGAUGAUGAGGUCUCCACACCACGCAGCACUCAGUCGAAGCCAACUGUUUACAUCCUCGAUGUUUGGAAUCCACAAGCCCUAGCCCAUGCGAAAACACUUUUCAACGUCAUAACUCCUGGCGAUGCGGGGUUUUCCGAUUGGCGGCAGAAUGCAACUGCCCUCCUCAUCAGAGGUUCAUAUUUUACCGCGGAAGAUGUUGCCAGCUGCCCAAAUCUUGUCGCGAUUGGCAAGCACGGAGUCGGAAUCGACAAAAUCGACCAACAUGCAUGCGCCAAGCGCGGUAUCAAAAUCUGCAAUACGCCUGGUGCCAACGCGCGAGAUGUGGCCGAGUUGGUGCUCGCAUUGACGAUGGCCGUAGCUCGCGACAUUCGAUCCAUCACAACUCGCCAGAUGUCGAAGCCCGUUCCAAAAGAAACUUGCAACGGCCUGACACUCCAUAGGAAGACCCUUGGUAUUAUUGGCAUGGGCAACAUCGGACGUACAGUGGCCGAGAUAUUCCGAGGUGCCUUCGAUGCCGAUGUGGUUGCCUAUGAUGUUUUUAUUCCCAAAGACGCGUGGUCUCAUAUUGCACACGACAGGGUGACUGAUGUUGAUGAAGUCUACAGGAGAGCAGAUGUCCUCUCCAUCCAUGUGCCGCUUACAAACGGGACUCGGGACAUGAUCUCAUACAAGCAACUGCGUAUGAUGAAGUCAGAUGCAAUUGUUAUCAACGCUGCAAGGGGUGGAAUCAUCAAUGAGGGUGACCUCACAAAGGCGCUGUCCGAGGGUCAUCUUUGGGGUGCUGGAUUGGACUGCCAUGAGCAAGAGCCCCCCUAG